AUGGAGAACUGCAACCAAGUUUCAACUCCAAUGGAACCAGGCACUAAACUCUCAAAGUUUGAUAGAGGAGAACGGGCUGAUGCUGGGAGAUAUCGAAGCUUAGUCGGAAGUCUAAGGUAUCUUACAAGCACGAGACCCGACCUAAUGUUGAGUGUUGGGAUAACAAGCAGAUUCAUGGAGGAUCCAAGCUAUACAGAUUGGAAGGCCUUGAAGAGAAUUCUGAGAUAUGUUCGAGGAACUCUUUCACUUGGUAUUUUCUAUUCAAAAUCAGAUAACUACCGAUUAGUGGGUUACUCUGAUAGUGAUUGGUGUGGUGAUGUUAAUGACCGGAAAAGUACUUCGGGUUAUGUAUUCCUACUCGGAAAUUCAGCUUUUACUUGGUUGUCAAAGAAGUAG